AAGCCCUCGGCUUUGAGUCACGCUUAGGAGUUCUCGGCCUUGCUGCUUCCUGCGUGCAGCUCGAGGCCUGCGUUUUCCUGGUCGCGUCGCUGCUGCUGCUGCUGCUGCUGCUUCCGCGGCCAGCAAUGCCGACCGGCGACUACGACUCCAAGCCCAGUUGGGCAGACCAAGUGGAAGAGGAAGGAGAUGAUGAUAAAUGCAUCACCAGUGAUCUACUCAAGGACAUUCCCCUGACCGGGGUGUUGAGUGGGAGCAAAGGCGGAGGUGAAAGUGGAGGUGAAGGCGGAAGUGGAAGCGUAGCCGUAGGCGUUACUGUAACGAUCGAGCCGGAACUUGUGAAAGGAGAACCUCUCCCGUCUCCCAAAGAGAUUGUGAAUGGAAACAUUAAAACGGUGACUGAAUACAGAGAAGAGAAGGAUGGCAGCAAGGUGAAGAUCAUCCGCACCUUUCGUAUCGAGACCCGGAAGGCCUCCAAGGCUGUGGCAAGACGAAAGAACUGGAAGAAAUUUGGCAACUCAGAGUUUGACGCUCCUGGCCCGAAUGUGGCCACUACCACUGUGAGCGAUGACGUCUUCAUGACUUUCAUCACCAGCAAGGAGGACUUGAACUGCCAAGAGGAGGAGGACCCCAUGAACAAGUUGAAAGGGCAGAAGAUUGUGUCAUGCCGGAUCUGCAAGGGCGAUCACUGGACCACCCGCUGUCCGUACAAGGACACGCUGGGGCCCAUGCAGAAGGAGCUGGCUGAGCAGCUGGGGCUGUCCACCGGCGAGAAAGAGAAACUGCCAGGAGAACCGGAACCUGUUCAAGCCCAGCAGAGCAAGACCGGGAAGUACGUCCCGCCCAGCCUGAGAGAUGGAGCCAGCCGCAGAGGGGAGUCCAUGCAGCCGAACCGCAGAGCUGACGACAAUGCCACCAUUCGUGUCACUAAUCUGUCUGAGGACACCCGAGAGACCGACCUCCAGGAGCUCUUCCGUCCUUUCGGCUCCAUAUCCCGCAUCUACUUGGCCAAGGACAAAACCACUGGCCAAUCCAAGGGCUUUGCCUUCAUCAGCUUCCACCGCCGGGAAGAUGCUGCCAGGGCCAUUGCAGGGGUGUCUGGCUUUGGCUAUGAUCACCUGAUCCUAAACGUGGAAUGGGCCAAACCUUCCACUAACUGAGACUUGCUGCCCUGUCUUUGGAAAUUGCCCAGUUCUUAACUGGAGGUAGUACUCUCUCAAAUAAAAGUUCAUUCCCGUC